AAUCUGUUACUGUUUUGUUACAAGUUUAUUGUCAGUAGAUGGGUAUAUAGUUUUGUUUAUUUUUUACAGAUGAAUCAACAAUGUAAGGUGUGUGGCGAACCCGCGGCAGGCUUCCAUUUUGGCGCGUUCACCUGUGAAGGCUGCAAGUCGUUUUUCGGGCGGACGUACAACAACCUGUCAUCGAUAUCGGAGUGCAAGAACAACGGGGAGUGUGUCAUCAAUAAGAAGAAUAGAACGGCUUGCAAAGCCUGCAGGCUACGGAAAUGUCUACUAGUGGGCAUGUCGAAGUCAGGCUCAAGAUACGGACGACGAUCGAACUGGUUCAAGAUCCACUGCCUCCUCCAAGAGCAGCAACAACAGCACAUCCAGCAUAUGCAGACCAAUAAAUCUCCGCCUAACUUUAACUCGUCCAUGAACCCAUCAUUCCUGCCGACCAACCUCCUCCCGGCGGCAGCCCUAGCAGAAUAUUACAAGAACUCUGAAAAGAAUCACUUCACUGAAGAUGUGACGCGGCAAAGUGUGUCUCCAUCGGACUCAGGGGCAUCAUCAGCUGAUCCUGAGGACGAUAAUAGCUCACGAAGCACUAGCGGGCUGAGCAUUUUCAGACCGGCGUCUUCUCCUUGCAGCGAUAAAGACGUACGGUUACAGGCGAUGAGAAAUCAAAGCAAAGACCGAAAACGGAAACCUACGAUGCCGCCAUCGCCUUUCGGGACUGUAUCAGUGCCGCCAAGCUUUUCUCCAAGAAGUGUGCCAUACUUACCGACUCCUCUGCAGUCCAUGAGAUCAGCUCCGCCUGGGCUUACGACCUGGCAGAACCGUAACGGUGGAGACUUGCUUCUCCAUUCACCAGCUGUCGCCGGCGUAGCCAUCGACCAGGACCAGCCUAUAGACCUAUCCAUUAAGUCAACUGCCAUGAUAUUUAGAAGUCCGAAGAACGAUGAAGGUAGCGAUUCAGAACCUGAACUGUCGAUUGAUUUGAGCGAAGACAACACUAAAGAAAUGAUGAAGAAUCCUUUAGAUCUCUCGCUUGUCCCCAAACGGACUGAAGAGGUGCCUAUGACUGGUUGAAAAUCUAGAAUAUUUUGUACAAUUCCGUACAGCCAUGGUUUCUCUUAUCUGUAAAUAAUAUUUUAGUGUUCUUGUUAAUACUCCUUCACGCCAUACAGUAUUUAGCUGAUUACAUUCCUUUCUUCUUGAUUACCUGAUCUUAUUUACCAUGUACGAUUAGUGUUUAUUUAGUUUUUAAUUCAAGUCAUGGACUUAUAGUUUGUAAGUAGUAAAGCAAAGUACAGAAAAUGAGAGGAAUGACAUUGUUAUUAUAUCUAUAUUUCUAACCUGGUCAAAGGUGAGAACAUUGUUAUUUCCAUUUUGUGUUCAAGACAUAGCUAACAUUAAAGUGCCAAAUUAAAAAUUAUUUCCUUCUUCUGAUUCCAUUUUUUUUAAUACUAAUUUUUAUUUUCUUAUAUGUUUUGCUCAGUAUAAAGCUAUGUCAAAACACAGCCUCUACAAAAGUGCCAGUGUAUGUUUUACCAAUUUUAGUUAAUUUAAUUAUAAUGGGAUUGAAGGCCAGUUAAAAUGAAGCUCAAAAUUUAAUGUACAAAUAUAAGAGUCUUGUAAAAAUUUAGUUUUGUUUUAUAUACUUAUAAUUAAGUAUUUAUUUCCUUAGCACGUAGGCCAGUUUGUAUUGAGUCAUUUUUUUAAU